AUGUCAUUUGAAAGGUUUCGGAUAGUUACUCCUGAUUCGCCUUUACGGGAUUUUGAUUAUUUCGUAAAGCUUUCGUUCGCUCAGCUUCAUCCUGCGGAUGAAGGAACGCGGGGGCGAAAAGGUUGUUCAGCUGAAAUCUUCAUCCUCAUCCUCAUCCUAUCUAUCUAUCUAUCUAUCUAUCUAUCUAUCUAUCUAUCUAUCUAUCUAUCUAUCACUGUAGAUAUCUAUCUAUCGCAUCGACCCUCCCUACCUACCUAUUAUCUUUCUCAUCCUCUGUCUACUGGAGAUUAUCUUCUGUGCGUGAAAUAUUUUUUUUUCAUUGACGGUAGCCUGUUUUUUUAUAAUCUGUCUCCUAUCUAUCUAUCUAUCUAUCUAUCUAUCUAUCUAUCUAUCUAUCUAUCUGUAUGUAUGUAUGUAUGUAUGUAUGUAUGUAUGUAUGUCUAUCUCAGACUGUAUCUAUCUAUCUAUCUAUCUAUCUAUCUAUCUACCUAUCUCAAACUUGAUAUAUAUCUAUCUCAGAUUGUUGAUAUCUAUCAGUCCAUCUUUCUAUCUCUUGCGAAUAAUGUAAAUAAUGCUAUCUAUCUAUCUAUCUAUCUAUCUAUCUAUCUAUCUAUCUAUCUAUCUAUCUAUUUAACCACCUACUCAUCUAUCUAUCUAUCUAUCUAUCUAUCUAUCUAUCUAUCUCAUUUGGUUCUUUCUUUCUUUCUUUCUUUCUUUCUAUGUAUAUCAUUUGCCCUCCCCUAUCUAUCUAUCUAUCUAUCUAUCUAUCUAUCUAUCUAUCUCAACCUUUCCUAUCUAUCUAUCUAUCUAUCCAUCUCAUUUGGUUCUUUCUUUCUUUCUUUCUUUCUUUCUUUCUUUCUUUCUUUCUAUGUAUAUCAUUUGCCCUCCCCUAUCUAUCUAUCUAUCUAUCUAUCUAUCUAUCUAUCUAUCUCAACCUUUCCUAUCUAUCUAUCUAUCUAUCUAUCUAUCUAUCUAUCUAUCUAUCUCAUUUGGUUCUUUCUUUCUUUCUUUCUUUCUUUCUUUCUAUGUAUAUCAUUUGACCCCCCCCACCCUAUCUAUCUAUCUAUCUAUCUAUCUAUCUUCAUUUCUUUCUUCAUUUUUAUCUACCUUUCUAACCGGACCUAA